AUGGCCGAGGGAAGCUCACAAGACUACUAUGAACUGCUCGGUAUCGCCUCAACAGCGACCGAGAGCGAAAUCAAACGCGCAUAUCGUCGGACAGCUCUCAAAUACCAUCCCGACAAAAACCCAGCGGGUCGCGAAACCUUUGAUUUGGUAGGUAUCGCACAAGAUGUCUUGCUGGACGAGAAUGCGCGUGCGUUAUAUGACAACGCACGUCGGGCCAAGGCGGAGAAGAAGCAGCGCGAUGAGGCAUACGAUGGGCGGAGGCGACAGAUGAAGGAUGAUUUGGAGCGGGCAGAGAAGGCAGGCGCAAAGCGGAAACGGGACGCCACAGAGGAGGAAGGCGCGUUUGAGAGAGAGCUGAAGCGUUUGGCUGCAGAUGGUGCGCGAAGGAGGAAGGAACGAGAAGAACAAUUGCUGAGGGAGGCUCAAGAGCAAGAGGACGAGAAGGAGGUGCACAUCGAGGAGCCACCACCACCACCAGUUGUGGACGAGAACGAUUGCAGAAUUGUCUUCCGAUUCUCAGCAAGUACGGACGAUGCGUUGGGCAAAGAAGCGCUCAAGGAACGCUUUGGUCGAUUUGGGAAGAUUGAACAUGUGGUCAUGAGGAACAAAAAAGUCAAAGUAGAUGGCGAGAAAAAGGACUACAUCUCCGUCAUGAUCGAAUACAGUAGCGUUGUCGGCGCACACGCGGCCGUGACAGACAUCUCUGGAUUGCAGUCAAAGGACCCAAGCAAUUGGUCCAGUUUUGAAGGCGUAAACUGGGCGAGCGGGAGGGAGCCGGAUUACAUACCAAAACCAGCGAGCUCCCGGGUCAACACUCAGGGGCAGUUGGACGGACAGAAGGCUCGACCGGUUUCGGAAAGAUUCAGCACACCCACAAAAAGAAGCACGGUUGACGAAAUCAAAGACGGAGCCGGGCUAAGAAAAGUACCCUCAUUUGGCAGUUUUAAAGGAACGCCGAAACGACAGAUGGAUUCGCCUGCUGCAGGUACUCCCAGUGCGCAGGACUUGAUGAUGAUUCGAUUGAAAAACGCCGAAAAGAAGAGAUUGGCAGAUCAGCUGCGGAAAGAGGAUGAGGCGGCGAUGUCCGAUGCUUUCGAUAUCAACGAACGAGCGCCAUGA